CACAUCCACAUCAGCAUCAACAUCAGCUUUAUGCUGCUCAUCAUCCAUUUGGAUGAUGAUAGUAGCUCUACACUUUACAUGGCCCCAGCGAAUAUUAUCAUCGUAGUUUAAUUCAAGCAUUGCUUCGCAUAACGACAUUUUUCGGGGGAUUUCAUAGCGAAAUCAAAGAAAAUCUCUUUUUCUUGUUGUGUGGAAAAAAAAUUCACUUAGCGGGUGUUUGUGUGUGUGUGUGUCUGUUGGUUGUAUCGUGAAAAUUUUCAUGCGGGAAAUUGUACGUGCCGAAUUGAAAGUGUAUUGUGGCUUUUUGGUCUCAUUCUGAUAUGAAUUUCAUAAAUCAUUUGCUCAAGAGAAAAUGGAAAAAUUCUUUAAGCCAUAUAUGUGGAAAUUUAUCAUAAUUUGUAUUAUAUUUGGAUUAUUUUUCAUAAAUUUAACGGAAGCGGGAUGGACGGCACAAUGUUGGAAAAAACAUAAUUCCGGUUCAAUUCAAACGCCUGAGGGCGAAUUUAAACGCCCUUUUGGCAUUUUGUGCACAUAUCAAUGUUUUCUGUGGUUUCAUCCAGUUUUCCCCUAUUGUGAAUUUAUCUUUGAUUUGAGAUUGUCGCGCCAUUUUACUGUUUUGCCCGACUGCUAUGAGGUGCAUUGCAAUGAGACUUUCAGUUUCUUCAACAGCGGCUGAGCAGGGAUGACUCGAUAAAAAUUGUUAAAUAAAAUUCUAAAAUUAUGUAAAAAAAAAAAAUGUUUUUAGGCUAAGUAUUUGUAUUGCAAAAUUUGUUAUAAAUAAAAUGAGAAAUUAAAUAUAA